UGUUUCGUGAGCACAUUGAAUCGAGAAAAAGAUAUAAUAAUAAUUAAAAAAAUAUCACAAGGAGAUGGAAUAUGAUCUCUUUCAGGGGCUUAAAUGCUCGAGCGAUGUAUGAAGAGGAGGAAAUGGUGAUGGGGCCUGAAUCUGUGAGCUAAAAGCGCUCGAGAACAGAACGCAGCACAAAUCCAGAGGAAAGAGAUAAAGAAGUGGAUAGAGUCCACUAAUGCUGUACUGGGUACUAUACAUACUCGAAAAGCAACCGAAAUUUUGGAUCUUUUUUGGCGUUUUAGUAUUAAAUUCAUCAAAUCCCUUUUCUAGCAUUUAUUCCCACUUCGAUUCUGCGAUAAUACCCCAAGGUCUGCAAAUUUAAGCCGCAAAGCUUUUUCGGGUCGCAGCUUCAAUAAGAACUCCCUCUGUGUUUGUGUGUGUAUAUAUAUUUUUUGAGAGAGAAAGAGAGAGAGAGAGCAACUGAAGCAAGGCAUGGACGUGGGUCAGAUGCAGAGAACAUGGGUUGAAUAUACAAAGUCCUUGUUUAGGGAGGGGUUUCUGGAUGCUCAGUUUACACAGCUUCAGCUACUGCAAGAUGAGAGCAACCCAGAUUUUGUUGUUGAAGUGGUGUCUCUCUUCUUUGAAGAUUCUGAGCGGCUUCUUAAUGAUCUCGCCAGAGCUUUAGAUCAGCAAAUUGUAGACUUCAAAAGGGUUGAUGCCCAUGUCCACCAACUGAAGGGUAGCAGCUCCAGCAUAGGUGCACAGAGGGUUAAAAAUGCCUGCAUAGCUUUCCGCAACUUCUGUGAGGAGCAGAACUCUGAAGCUUGCCUGAAAUGCCUACACCAAGUACAGCAAGAGUAUUAUCUUGUGAAAAACAAGCUUGAAACUCUAAUCAGGCUGGAGCAACAAAUUGUGGCAGCUGGUGGUUCAAUCCCUAUUGAAGAACUGAGCUUUUAAGGUUAUGAAGUGAGAUUGGGAGGAUCACUGUAGAGACUUUUUUUUUGGGGGGUGUUCUUGUGUUUCACUUAUCUUUCACCAUAAGGUUCUGUUUAAUUAAUGGGGUUUGUCCUUUGUAUGAGUUUUGUGAAGAUUAAGAUUCUCAUCUAUUGCCACUUCUCAUUAUGAUCUUCAAUUAUCGAUAGAACCUUUGCUGUUUA